UAUUAGUCUGCUGCAAUCAUCAUUUGUUUUUCUUUGUUUGUUUCUUGAUAAAGAUUAAAAACUUUCUCCUUUUAUCAUAUCUGAAAAAUCUAAUCCUUCAGUGGAAUAAACUCAUCCUUUGACCAUAUUCCAAUCAAAUAACUAUAUGGAGUGAAGAGUAUUUUGCCAAUAAUAAAUUAGUGAGCUUGUGUUAUAAAUCUAGCCAUGGUGGAGGAUCCAUGUGGGAAUAUGUACCCUGGGAAGAUGCCUAUACAGAGAAGAGGGAAAGAAUCUAUUGGGGUUCAUGCUAAGACUUGUGUUAUUUUCUUUUUUUAGUUUUGUAGAACUUUUCUUGGAACCUCCCUUUUCUGUUUUCCUUUUGGUUUACUGUUGAUGAACAAUCUGCUGAUGAACAAUCUGCUUGUAAGCUCUUUAUUGAUCAAUCUAAAGCUUUAUUUUGUUACAGCUUGUGCUCAAUGUUCAUCCAUUUCCCGUAAGGAUCGUCUUAGUGAGCUUCCUGAACCAAUACUGCUUCACAUCCUCUCAUUCCUGCCCAUGAGAUAUGUUGUCAGAACAACAAUUCUCUCGAAACGCUGGCGGCACCUGUGGACUAUUGUCCAAGAGCUUGAUUUUGGUUCUGAAGGUUUCUUUCCCUAUCAAAAUUAUGUGGACUUUGUGAAUCGGACCAUGCUUCGUCGUGGCACUUAUAAGAUCAGAAGACUUAGACUUGACUUAUAUAUAAAUGGUAGUUCUCGUAAAGAUUAUGAUGGAUGGAUUUUGUAUGCUGCAAGGAAUAGCGUGGAAGAGCUCUUUCUAGACUUUAAUGCAGACUGUUUCUAUUGGUUGCCACCUCCGUGUGUGUAUUGCAAUUCGUCGCUCAAGGCGUUGAGGAUGUUGAGCUGCAGGCUUAUACCUGAUAUGCAGAUAAGCUGGAACUUGUUGAAAAAGUUAACCCUCUGGUUCUCAGUGUUGUGGGAUGAAAGCAUUCAUAAUAUUAUGGUGGGUGCUCCAAAACUGGAAUUCUUUGAGCUGUUUUCGUGCUGGGACUAUAAUGAUCCGACUUUUGAUUCUCCUUCUUUAAGAGUGCUGAUUGUAAGUGAGUAUGAAUCUGUUGAUUAUGAAUUAGAUGAGUAUGACAAAGGUUCCGUAAUGAGAAUUCCAGCCCCCAAUGUUCAGUCUCUGAACCUGUCAGGAUCUUUUUAUCGAAGUGUGUUUUGGUGAAUGUGCCAUCCGUUGUUCAUGCCUCCCUCGAUUUUCGUCCAU